ACGUGUUCUUAAGAUGCUGUUAGGACUUUUAGGCAGCCUUUAUGGCCUCCUGAUCUCUCACACUUUCACACUUCCACUUGGCUUCUCGAUAGAGCAGUCUCUUCAAUCUGGCCUGAGGCUGAGAUCCAUCUGAACUCACAGCCAUGGCGGAAAAGGUGACAACAAUAAUGGCGCUGAAGGUUGAUCUUCAGUGCCAUCGCUGCUACAAGAAGGUGAAGAAAAUUCUAUCUAAAUUCCCUCAAAUACGAGACCAGGUGUACGACGAGAAGCAAAACACGGUGGUGAUCAAAGUGGUGUGCUGCAGUCCGGAAAAGAUUAAGGAAAAGAUACGCUGCAAGGGCGGUGACUCCAUUAAGAGCAUUGAGAUAGUACCGCCGCCCCCACCCCCAAAGCCGAAGCCGAAUCCGCCGAAACCUGCAGAGCCUGAGAAGCCUCCUCCUCCUCCGGCUGAAAAGCCCAAGCCAGCUGAGAAGCCUCCUGAGCCGGCUCCAAAGCCUCCUCCGGCUGAGAAGCCCAAGCCAGCUGAGAAGCCUCCUCCAGCUGAGAAGCCCAAGGCAGCUGAGAAGCCACCUGAGCCGGCUCCAAAGCCUCCUCCGCCUGUCGUACCGGCUUACCCACCACCAAGUUUCCCGAUUGGUGUGUGCUGUGGGUCAUGUUAUGAGGGUCUUAGUGGGGGCCCGUGCUUUCAUGGUCAUGGUGGGCCACCCCCAUCUUAUGAGGGCUAUGGGAGGCCGGUGUAUGAUAGUUACGGUGGCGGUGGUGGGUAUAGGGGCUAUCCGAGCCGCUGUGAUUACUUUUCUGAAGAAAAUCCAUCAGGAUGCACAAUCAUGUAAAUGGAUGUGCAUGCAUAAAGCAUGGUCAUCAUCAUGCUCUGCUUGCCUCUGUCAUACGUUGUCGAUCCUGUUGAGUCAAGCUCGACUGCAUUUGUUUUUUCUUUAGUUCUUCAUAUAUAGGAUUAAAAUAAAUAAAUUAAUACUUAUAAAAAAAAAAAGAUUAAUAAGUUUGGUGGUCUGGUUAAUGUCGGUAGACAAUUGGUCGGUCACUUGAGUGCUCCAUGAGUUGUAAGGAUUUUUAAAUAAAAGAAGUUUCAUAUUAA